UUUUCAAUUUAGGAAACUUUAUAUUUUACAUCAUUAAUAGUUCUAUGCUUUAUGAUAUUCCAUUCAAAUAGGAUUGUUAACUUUAACAAUUUCAUAAUCAUAUAUGUGCAAGUUCAUUUCAUACACUCUCAACAGUAAAUAGUCAAUUAUUUUCCAUUCUAAUAUAUGUAUUUAUUAAAUACAUUUGACAUUCUUAUUCAGAAUUCGUGAAUUAACAGAUGGUUUUAACAUAAAGAUAAUCUGAUACUCCUCAUUCACAUUGGAUUCUUAAAUACAUAGCUCUACUAUUGUUAUUUCAGUGAAAUGGUGUGAUAAGACUGGAUACAUAUAAUGGGAAAAUACAGAUGGGAAAAGCUAAUAGACAUUUGCUUCAUUUCUUUCCAAAAAGAAUAAAGUAGAUGGAUGGAGAGAAUGUGUAAAUGUUAUUAAUAGUGGAAAUUUGAUCAGUCAAAGUUAAAACAACAUAAAGAUAAAGCGAAAUCUAUUAUCUGCCAUUUCCCAUUGAAAUUUCAGUAUUAUAAAAGGAACGGGUUGAAUGAACUAAUUAUCCAUUUCUGACUCUUUAGUAGCAGUGUACAAGGAACUACAAAUCAAACCAAAAAUGAAAUUGUUGAUUGCUCUCGCCGCUCUCGUUGCUGUCGCUUAUUGCACCACCACUCUUCCAACCACAACCAGAGCAUGGGGAUGUCCCGCCGACAACUUUUGCCAACCAGGCAGUCAGAUUUGCUGCUGGCACGAGCCAACCGUUUCUGGUUGUUGCAACACCGGAUUCAAAUGCUGUCCAUCAAUCAGAGGAGAUGAACACGACUGUUGUCCAGUUGACGAGACUGCUUGCCACGAAAAUGGUUCCUCCAACUGCUACUACAACAUCUUGAAACACGCUUAAACUGCUCUUUCAAUUUCAAUAAAUUUCAUUUAAAAAUCAAUCUCUCUCUUAUUUAUUAUCCACUUUUCAAUCAUCUUUCUUUUCUACAUAGUUCUCUUUGCUGUUCAAUCCUUCCUUCUUUUCUUUCGUAUUGCCUCUCUUUCUCUAGUUUUCCUCACUUUUGUUUCUUUUCUAUCUCUCGUCAAUUUUUUUCACCCAAAGCUAGUCCUCUUUGAAAGAGCAUUAGGCAUAGAGAAAGCAUUAUGUAGUAUUCUAAAUUACACAUAGAAAUACAUAUGGCAACAAACUCUGAGUAUAAAAAUC